AGGCUCCAGACAGGUAUGCGCGGUGCCUUUGGAAAGCCCCAGGGCACAGUGGCCGGGGUCCACAUUGGCCAAGUCAUAAUGUCCAUCCGCCCCAAGCUGCAGAACAAGGAGCAUAUGACUGAGGACCUCCGCAGGGCCAAGUUCAAGUUCCCUGGCCGCCAGAAGAUCCACAUCUCCAAGAAGUGGGGAUUUACUAAGUUUAAUGCAGAUGAGUUUGAAAACAUGGUGGGAGAAAAGCGGCUCAUCCCCGAUGGCUGUGGGGUCGGAUACAUCCCUAAUCGUGACCCUCUGGACACAUGGCUGGCCCUGAGCUCGUGAGAGCCUUGGCGCUGU